AUGAUUGAACGGAGAAGCUUAUCUCAGUCAGAUAUGGGGUUGUCCAAGAAAAUAAUAGUUCUCAUUGACUCAAAUUCAAUGCGAAAACAGGUAACAAUCAGUGAAUCUUUGUGGUUGGCAACAUUUACUGCAAGUUUUGGGAAGCCGUGUCAAUUUAUAUGGGAAUUGAUUCAUUCUUCAUUGAUCGUUCUUAAUCUCUCAGUAUGGGGAUUGUGUCUUGGGAAUGUAGAAUGGGAUUUUUCUUCGCUUAGUGUCGAUCAUGUUGUGCUAAAACUGAUGGAACUGGCUAACCCUCAAGAAACUCUGGAGGAUACUCAAAACGAAGGGGUGGUGAUCACCCUAUAUGAUGCCUUGAAAAAACGAGACGCUGAGGCAGUCCAGAAGAUUCUUGCCCCGGAUCUUGAGUGGUGGUUCCAUGGCCCGCCGUCCCACCAGUUUUUAAUGCGCUUGCUCACCGGCGCUGUCGAAGAAGACACCGAUACCAGCUUCAUUUUCCUCCCCCACAGCAUCUCCGCCUUUGGCUCGACGGUGCUCGUUGAGGGUUUCGAUCAGACCCGUUCCAUUUCCUGGGUUCACGCAUGGACUGUGACAGAUGGAAUAAUUACUCAGGUCAGAGAGUAUUUCAAUACUUCGUUAACUGUGACACGCUUUGGAAAGACAGACCCAUUGGAUUACAGCAAUAUAACGUCACUCCAUUGCCCUUCGCUGUGGGAGAGUAGUCUCCCGAAUCGGGUCGGAAAAUCAGUCCCGGGUCUUGUUCUUGCUAUAUAA